UAAAAUGUAUGCAUCAGAUAGCCUCUCUCUCUCUCCCCAUGGCUGAUCUCUAUUCCUUGUGUCUCCUAGGAGUCAUGGAACGUCUUUGGUUUCACCAGAUUAUUCUCUUCUCAGAGUCCUCUGCGGUACAAAUCCCUAAAACCCUUAAACAACAAUCCCCAUUUAUAACAGAAUCUCUUAUAGACUUAACAUCAACUUCAAGCCUCUCUUUAGCAACUUCUCCAGAGGAAGAAAUCCCAUUAUCACCUCUUCCGCUAGAGGAAGUCCCCUCAGCGUCACCUCCAGUCACUCUAGAGUUGAAUAAGGAUAAAGAAGAAGUAGAACAAGAAGCUCAAGAAGAAGAAGAAGAAGAUAAGGUUAUUGUUAAUCAGAAAGAAAGGCCAACAAGAUUGAAUCUUAUCACAACCAGAGUUCGUUCACAUUCUUCAUCACCAUCAACUGAGAAACGUAGACCCAAAAAUAUCAGAAAUUCAUGUUCAUCAAGGAAGCUGCAGAAAUACAUGAGCUGCAGGAGCUUGGGAGAAUUAGAACUGGAAGAAUUGAAAGGCUUUAUGGAUCUUGGAUUUAUAUUCAAGAAAGAGAACAUAAGCCCAAGAAUGAUAAGUGUAGUCCCUGGUUUGCUGAGACUAGGAUUAUACAAAAAUAAAUACAACACCAAACUCAUUACCAGCGAAGUACCUGAAGAUGAUGAUGACAUACAGAGAGAAAGAGACAAGCAGGAAGAAGAGAAGGGGGUCAUUAGGCCAUACUUAUCAGAGGCCUGGCUAAUAAAAAGACCCGAUUCGCCGCUAUUAAAUCUAAGGUUGCCAAGAGUAUCCGCAGCUGUUGACAUGAAAAAACACCACAAGUUCUGGGCUAGAACUGUUGCAUCUGUAAUUCAACAAGAAUCUUGAGAGGAAUUGAUGUCGAGAAGAUAUGAUAGAAGAUAUAUUCUCUUCAUUCUACUAAACAAUAGCUGAAAGAAGAAAGAUGAAAAACCAAAUCUCGAUCACAGAUUCUAGUCCAUCGAAAGCUCCAACUGUAAAAAAGAAAGAGAGAGCUUGUAAUAUGUAAAUAAAGAGCGGUGUAUACAAAUAAAGGAGUGGUGAAAUGUA